AUGCAGUUCUUAUCUAAAAAGGGGCCAUCUGGUUUGCCUGAAAAUUCUUGGUCCAUUUCUGACGGCAGGGCAUUCUGCAAAGGAUGGAUCACAGAGUUCUGUGUUCUAGAAAUUGAAUCAGCAAAUAAGUUAAGCUAUCUGUCUUUCAACAUAUCUAUCUAUCUAUCUAUCUAUCUGAGGUUGUUUAUAUCUAUCUAUCCGAGGUUGUUCAUUAUCUAUCUAUCUAUCUAUCUAUCUAUCUAUCUAUCUAUCUAUCUAUCUAUGUAUUUUAACCUGUCCAUAUCUAUCUAUCUCAAUCUUUGCAUAUCUAUCUAUCUAUCUAUCUAUCUAUAUAUCUAUCUAUCUGACGGGGCAAUCCAGGAAAAAAAAAUAUGGGAGACAUGGUACCGGAUUUAUGUUUUCAUUUGCCGUGGAAGGUUAUCUAAUAUUUUCCUUCCUUCCUUUCCCCUCCUUCCUUCCUUCCUUCCUUCCUUCCUUCCUUUCUUCUUUCCUUCCUUUCCCUUCCUUCCUUUCCCCUCCUUCCUUCCUUCUUCCUUCCUUCCUUCCUUUUUCCUUUCUUUUCUUUUUCCUUCCUUCUUUCCCCUCCUUCCUUCCUUCCUUCCUUCCUUCCUUCCUUUCUUCUUCCUUCCUUCCUUUUCCCUUCCUUCCCUUCCUUCCCCUUCCUUCCUUCCUUCCUUCCUUCCUUCCUUCCUUCCCUUCCUCCUUCCUUCCUUCUUCCUUCCUUUUCCUUCCUUCCUUUCCCCUUCCUUCCUUCCUUCCUUCCUUCCUUCCCUUCCUUCCUUCCUUCCUUCCUUCCUUUCUUUCCUUCCUUUUCCUUCCUUCCCCUUCCUUUCCCCUCCUUCCUUCCUUCCUUCCUUUUCCCUCCUUCCUUCCUUCCUUCCUUCCUUCCUUCCUUUCUUCUUUCCUUUCCUUCCUUUUUUCCUUUCCCCUUCCUUCUUUCCUCCUUCCUUCCUUCCUUCCUUCCUUCCUUCCUUCCUUCCUUCCUUCCUUCCUUCUUUCCUUCCUUUCCCUUCCUUCCUUUCCCCUCCUUCCUUCCUUCCUUCCUUCCUUCCUUCCUUCCUUUUCCUUCCUUCCUUCCUUCCUUCCUUCCUUCCUUCCCUUCCUUUCCUUCCUUCCUUUUCUUCCUUCCUUCCGCUGAAUUACUCUUCUUUUUCGUUCCUCCUUUUUUGUUUCAAAAUUAACGUUUACUUUUCUUUUAUUUUUUUAAAUUCUUUUCAUUCAUUGCUGUCUAUUUUAUCUCCUUCUUUCUUUCUUUCUUUUCUUUCUUUCAUCUCUUGUUUGUUUUCUUUCUUUUUUUCUUUCAUUUCUUUUCACUCUUGCUUGCUUUCUUUCUUUCACUCUUUCUUUCAUUCUUUCUUUCAUUCUUUCUUUCUUUUCUUUUAUUUCUUUUCUCUCUUGCUUGCUUUCUUUCUUCUUUCUUCUUUACUUUCUUUCUUUCUUUCUUUCUUCUCAUUUCUUUUAAUUUUUCUUUCCUUUUUUCUUUCUUUAAUUCCUUCUUGCUUUCUUUCUCUCCGUAUUUAUCUUCCGCCCUACUUAUUCCUCUGUUUUCUUUUUCACUCGUCUCCCCUUCUCUCUCUCUCUCUCUCUCUCUCUAUUUUCCCCCUUUCUUCUUUUCCUUUCUCCCUUUGCAUUAUUCCUUACUUCUUUCCGUUCUUUUAUUUGCUUAUUUUUCUUCUUUCUCUCUUUCUUUCUUUUUUCUUCUUUUCUUUCGUUCUUUCUUUCUUUUGUUGCUUGAUUUCAUUUUAA